GGGUGUGGCUGUGACGUGACACAAUGAACCCCUAUAAAGGUGACUCCGCCCCCAGACAUCUUCUCCUCUUUCUGAGGGAGGGGACAGACAUUUAUCUAUAGAUAAAAUAUAGUAAAAUGAUACAUUAACCCUUCAUCUCCCACAUCCUAUAAAUCUUCCCAUCUCCUCCGGCUCUGGUGUCCAAGGUGAUAGAUUAGUCGCCAUCCAUGAGUCUCAUGAUAGAUUCUACCAGACGUGGCCCCCGUGGAUGUGAUUCCAGGAUCCUGUGGAGUCGCCGUCCUGUUGUGUCCUCCAGCGUGUUCUCUGCUAUAUUGCUGGGUCAUGUGAUUGGUCGUCCAUUCCCUCCUUAUGCUCCUCCCCCCCUUGUUUCCCUUCACCCUCUAUCCUCCCUUUUCCUUCUCUUUUCUUUACGUUUACCUUCUUGUCUUUCUUCUCGUGUUCUCGGUGUUUGUUCUUCUGUAUUUGAUUUUUUGCCGCCAAAGAUUCUGAAAGAUUUUCUGGUAAAUUUCCGAGGACGUCAUCAUAGAGGAGAACUCAUCCGAAAUCAUUGUGACUAUAAUGUCUCCUCAGAUGUUUCCCCAGAUUAUCUCCAGGAAAUGGAUUUUAUUUCUCCAUAGAAUCUGGUGCGGUUUAUCAUCGUCUCCUCUUCUUCCCUUCAGGUUUCUCCAAUCCAGGAUCCUCUGCUGAUAUCUUCUAUAUAAGAGAAUUCUCCUGGAUGACCCAUCAACCAUGGAGAGAGACAGGAACAAGAUGGCCGACAGGAUCAUAAACCUCACCCUACAGAUACUCUUCCGGCUUACUGGAGAGGAUUACACAGUAGUGAAGAAGUCCUCUAGUGGGCGCUGUGGGGCCCCUGUGUGUGAAGGAUGGGGAAGAACCCUGAGCCCAAUCCCGGGGCCCCCACCUCACUCCCUGAUACAUGAGGAAAUGGAUGAACAGAAGAUCCGAGAACUCAUCAACAAGAUGAUGGAGCUGCUGACUGGAGAGGUUCCUAUAAGGUGUCAGGACGUGGCGGUCUAUUUCUCCAUGGAGGAGUGGGAGUAUGUAGAAGGACACAAGGAUCAGUACAAGGAUCAGGUCAUGAUGGAGGAUCAGCAGCCCCUCACAUCACCAGUCAGAUCCAGUAAGAGAACAGCACCAGAGAGGUGUCCCCGUCCUCUUCUUCCACAGGAUGAUCAGGGAGAAGAUCCGAACAAUAUUAAUGCUCCAGAGACAGAUGUGAGCGGUGAUGAGCAGUAUAAGGAGGACAUUCCUACAGGGAAAGAUCGGAUCUAUAUUAAUGCUACAGACAUAAAGGAAGAAGAAGAGACAGAUGUGAGCGAUGAGGAGCAGUAUAAGGAGGACAUUCCUACAGGGAAAGAUCGGAUCUAUAUUAAUACUACAGACUUAGGGGAAGAAGAAGAAACAGAUGGGAGCAGUGAUGAGCAGUAUAAGAAGGACAUUCCUACAGGGAAAGAUCGGAUCUAUAUUAAUGCAACAGACAUAAAGGAAGAAGAAGAGACAGAUGUGAGCGAUGAUGAUCAGUAUAAGGAGGACAUUCCUACAGGGAAAGAUCUAAUCUAUAGUAAUACUACAGACUUAAGUGAAGAAGAAGAAGAGACAGACGUGAGCGGUGAUGAGCAGUAUAUGGAGGACAUUCCUACAGGGAAAGAUCUGAUCUAUAGUAAUACUACAGACCUAAAAGAAGAAGAAGAAGAGACAGACGUGAGCGGUGAUGAGCAGUGUAAGGAGGACAUUCCUACAUGGAAAGAUCUAAUCUAUAGUAAUACUACAGACUUAAGGAAAGAAGAAGAAGAGACAGAUGUGAGCGGUGAUGAGCAGUAUAAGGACAACAUGUCAACAGGGAAAGAUCUGAUCUAUAGUAAUACUACAGAAUUAAUGGAAGAAGAAGAGACAGAUGUGAGCGAUGAUGAGCAGUAUAAGGAGGACAUACCUACAGGUAACUGCCCAGAUUCUUGUACCAGGAGAUCAGAGGAGAAUCUUAUAUCUUCAGAUUAUAAAGCAGAUGAUGAUAUCACACAAGAUACAUAUGAAGAACAUUCCAUUAUCCCAGAUACACCCUCAGCCCUUCACAGCCAAGAUCUGUCAUCUCAUCCUUAUAUACAGGUCCUGUCUUCUCACUCAUCACAGGAUGUUCAGCAAAAUAAAAGUGAUAGAAGGAAUGCUGUACAUCAACGAGCUCAUACAGGAAGGAAACCAUUUUCAUGCUCAGAAUGUGGGAAAUGUUUUAUUCACAAAUCACGUCUUAUUAGACAUCAAAGAACUCACACAGGGGAGAAGCCAUUUUCAUGUUUAGAAUGUGGGAAAUGUUUUCCUUUUAAAUCAGGUCUUGUUGUACAUGAAAGAAAUCACACAGGAGAAAAGCCAUUUUCAUGUUCAGUAUGUGGGAAAUGUUUUUCUCAGAAAUCAGACCUUGUUGUACAUCAGAGAACUCACACAGGGGAUAAGCCAUAUUCAUGUUCAGAAUGUGGGAAAUGUUUUACUCGGAAAUCACAUCUUAUUUAUCAUCAAAGAACUCACACAGGAGAGAAGCCAUUUUCAUGCUCAGAAUGUGGGAAAUGUUUUCCUUUUAAAUCACAUCUUGUUAUGCAUCAAAGAACUCACACAGGAGAGAAGCCAUUUUCAUGUUCAGAAUGUGGAAAAUGUUUUACUGUGAAGUCACAUCUUGUUAAACAUCAAAGAACUCACACAGGGGAGACAACAUUUUCAUGUGCAGAAUGUGGGAAAUGUUUAAUUGAUCAAUCAAGUCUUGUUCAACAUGAAAGAACUCACACAGGAGAGAAGCCAUUUUCAUGUUCAGAAUGUGGAAAAUGUUUUACUGCGAAGUCACAUCUUGUUCUACAUCAAAGAACUCACACAGGGGAGAAACCAUUUUCAUGUGCAGAAUGUGGGAAAUGUUUCUCUCAAAAAUCAAGUCUUGUUCAACAUGAAAGAACUCACACAGGAGAGAAGCCAUCUUCAUGUUCAAAAUGUGGAAAAUGUUUUACUCAGAAAUCAUAUCUUGUUACACAUCAAAGAAUUCACACAGGGGAGAAACCAUUUUCAUGUGCAGAGUGUGGGAAAUGUUUUAAUGUGAAAUUAAGUCUUCUUCAACAUCAAAGAACUCACACAGGGGAGAAGCCAUUUUCAUGCUCAGAAUGUGGGAAAUGUUUUACUAAGAAAUCACUUCUUGUUCUACAUCAAAGAACUCACACAGGAGAGAAGCCAUUUUUAUGUUCAGAAUGUGGGAAAUGUUUUUCUGACAAAUCAGAUCUUGUUAAACAUCAAAGAACUCACACAGGGGAGAAGCCAUUUUCAUGCUCAGAAUGUGGGAAAUGUUUUACUAACAAAUCAGUUCUUGUUAAACAUCAAAGAACUCACACAGGGGAGAAGCCAUUUUCAUGCUCAGAAUGUGGAAAAUGUUUUACUGAGAAAUCAAGUCUUGUGCAACAUCAAAGAACUCACGAAGGGGAGAAACUAUUUUCAUGUUCAGAAUGUAGAAAGUGUUUUAAUGUGAAAUCAAGUCUUCUUAGACAUCAACGAGCUCAUACAGGAAAGAAACCAUAUUCAUGCUCAGAAUGUGGGAAAUGUUUUACUUUUAAAACAGGUCUGGUUGUACAUCAAAGAACUCACAAAAGAGAGAAGCCGUUUUCAUGUUCAGGAUGUGGAAAAUAUUUUACUCAGCAAUCACAUCUUGUUACACAUCGAAGAACUCACACAGGGGAGAAGCCAUUUUCAUGCUCAGAAUGUAGAAAAUGUUUUACUCAGCAAUCACAUCUUGUUACACAUCGAAGAAUUCAUACAGGGGAGAAGCCAUUUUCAUGUUCAGAAUGUGGGAAAUGUUUUACUCAGCAAUCAGAUCGUAUUAAACAUCAAAGAACUCACACAGGGGAGAAGCCAUUUUCAUGUUCAGAGUGUGGGAAAUGUUUUACUCAGCAAUCAGCUCUUGUUAAACAUCAAAGAACUCACACAGGGGAGAAGCCAUUUUCAUGUGCAGAGUGUGGGAAAUGUUUUGCUCAGCAAUCAGAUGUUGUUAAACAUCAAAGAACUCACACAGGCGUGAAGCCAUUUUCAUGUUCAGAAUGUGGGAAAUGUUUUACUGACAAAUCAAGUCUUGUUAGACAUCUAAGAAUUCACACAGGGGAGAAACCAUAUUCAUGCUCCGAAUGUGGGAAAUAUUGUACACAGAAAUCAAAUCUUAUUCAACAUCAAAGAACUCACACAGGAGAGAAGCAAUUUUCGUGUUCAGAAUGUGGAAAAUGUUUUACUCGUCAGCCAAGUCUUAUUGGACAUCAAAGAACUCACACAGGGGAGAAGCCAUUUUCAUGUUCAGAAUGUGGAAACUGUUAUACUUUUAAAUCAGAUCUUGUGAUACAUCAAAGAACUCACACAGGAGAGAAGCCAUUUUCAUGUUCAGAAUGUGGAAAAUGUUUUACUCGUCAGCCAAGUCUUAUUGGACAUCAAAGAACUCACACAGGGGAGAAGCCAUUUUCAUGUUCAGAAUGUGGAAACUGUUAUACUUUUAAAUCAGAUCUUGUGAUACAUCAAAGAACUCACACAGGAGAGAAGCCAUUUUCAUGUUCAGAAUGUGGAAAAUGUUUUACUCGUCAGCCAAGUCUUAUUGGACAUCAAAGAACUCACACAGGGGAGAGGCCAUUUUCAUGUUCAGAAUGUGGAAACUGUUAUACUUUUAAAUCAGAUCUUGUGAUACAUCAAAGAACUCACACAGGAGAGAAGCCAUUUUCAUGCUCAGAAUGUGGGAAAUGCUUUACUGGGAAAACAAAUCUUGCUCAACAUAAAAAAACUCACACAGGGGAGAAGCCAUUUUCAUGUUCAGAAUGUGGAAAAUGCUUUAUUAGGAAAUCAUAUCUUGUUAAACAUCAGAGAACUCACACUGGGGAGAAGCCAUUUUUAUGUUCAGAAUGUGGGAAAUGUUUCUCUCAAAAAUCAAGUCUUCUUCAACAUCAAAGAAGUCACACAGAGGAGAAGCCAUUUUCAUGUGCAGAAUGUGGGAAAUGUUUCUCUCACAAAUCAAAUCUUCUUCAACAUCAUCAAAGAAGUCACACAAAGGAGAAGCCAUUUUCAUGUGCAGAGUGUGGGAAAUGUUUUACUCAGAAAUCAGACCUUGUUGUACAUCAAAGAACUCACACAGGAGAGAAGCCAUUUUCAUGCUCCGAAUGUGGAAAAUGUUUUGCUGAUAAAUCCCAUCUUAUCAGACAUCGAAGAAUUCACACAGGGAAGAAGCCAAUUUAGAGCAAUAUAUAUCAACAAGAAAUGAAGUCUUGUUUAUCAUCAAAAAACACAAGGGAGAAGCCAUUUCCAGGUUCUGAAUGUGGAAAAUGACGCAGAUAUCACAUCUAUAUAUUAACCAUGUACAUAGGAUAUCUGACAUUUAUAUAUAUCUUAUGCUGCAGGGGUCUCAAAUUGGCGGCCCUCCAGAUGUUGCAAAACUUCAACUCCCAGCAUGCCUGUGAGGGGAGUCAGCUUGUUAUAGGUUUUUAUAUAACCUUUUAUAAUAAUCCUUUAUAUGAUUAUACGCCAUUUUGUAUAUCAUCAGCCAUGUUGUCUAUAGUCCACCAUCUUGUCUAUGUUCCUUCAUUAUGAACUGAGUGUGAACUUUACCAGAAUUAUAACCAGGAAACUUGUAAACAAGAACCACAACUGCUGAGCGUACAGAAAACUCCAAGGCUACUGAGUCUGAAGAUGUUCACACUUCCCGUCCUUCCUACUUAGAGAUAAGACGUCUGUUUGUAACCAGGUAUCAUUGGGCAGUUUGCCGUCCUUUCAUCUUUGCCUAUAAGAAUUCUGCUGUAUGUAGUAAAUGUCAGAAGACGCUGUAUACAGAUCCCAGUCUGUGUCAUUUCUUCCAAUCUAUCAGGCCUGAUUGAUAAAACAUUUCCAAUUUGGCCUCGAACAGCAAAUGUACCUGAAGGAAUUGGUUAAAUUCCUUAACAUGGCCGACAACGGUUAUCUGCAGCCAAUGGCUGUCCGGGCAUGUCCUGGCAUGCUGGGAGUUAAAGUUAUACAACAUCUGGAGGGCCACCAGUUUGAGAC